UUUUAUUUUAUUUAAAAAUGGCGGAUGAUGCAUCGAGCAGUAGCGGUUGCGCCGGCAAUAUAAUAGAUAACUCAAUAAAUCAAGAUGAGUUAAUUAUGAAACAACAACGAGAGAUAGAGAAAGAGAUAUCGGAAACGAUACCGCUUGUGGGUGAACUUGAAGACCUGUCGUCAUUAGAAAAGGAAUAUAACGAGGAUCCAGUGUACCUUUUAAAAGUAAAAGAUUUGUCCUCUAAAUAUAAGUACAUUAGGCGAACUCGGCCGGACGGCAACUGUUUCUUCCGAGCGUUCUCUUAUGCUUAUUUAGAACACCUACUGACGGAUAAGAGUGAAUACAAUAAGUUUUAUGAAAUAGCGAAGAAUUCGAAGGAGAUUCUUGUCGCCUUAGGUUUCUCACAGUUUACAGUUGAGGACUUUUAUGAGACGUUCAUGGAAGUAGUGCAACGGGUGGGUGAACAGGCCGGGGGCUCACCUGACGCUCUGGACUCUGUGAGAACGGAAUUGCACGACAAGUUCAACAAGCAGGGCUACUCGGACUACAUUGUCGUGUACCUGCGUCUCGUCACCUCUGGCCAGCUGCAGACAGAGAAUGACUUCUACCAGAACUUUAUUGAGGGCCCUCGCACUGUCACUGAGUUUUGCAGACAGGAAGUAGAACCUAUGUACAAGGAGUCUGACCAUAUUCAUAUAAUAGCAUUGAGUAAUGCUCUCAAUGUUGGCGUCAGAGUGAAAUAUAUGGACCGCGGGGAGGGCAGUCAGGUUAUAGCGCACGACUUCCCCGAGGGUUCGAAGCCGCUGGUGCACCUGUUGUACCGGCCUGGACACUACGACAUAUUGUACGCGUGAUCGUGAUAUCGCCUCUCAUAACCUCUUAUGAUAAUAAAGUUAAUUAUCUUACGUA